AUGGGUCGCGGCACUACUUCACGUGCGCAUGGGCAUGGUGCGGAAGACGCCAGCGCGGCGGGAGCCCUACCGAUCGAACCAGAGCCACCGACUGAAAGCACUGCUGACCCUAUGGCUCAGCCGGCCGAGUCCCCUGCCACCAACUCGCCGCCAGCUCGUCCGUAUGGAUCGACGCCUGCAUCUGCACAACCUUUCGAUUAUGCACGCAUCCUGAGACAUGUCGGCAGUGCCAACCCCGGAGUUAACACAGCGGCCGAUGCUGAAGAGGACGAUGAGGAGGAUGCAGAUGCAGAGGAGGCAGAUGCAGAGGAGGCAGAUGCAGAGGAUGCGGAAGCACCACCCACAGCAGAGGGGGUGCAGGCAGAGGCUGGCGUGGACGACGAUGACAACACUCCAGACACCGGUGUCGCGGAUGGGGACCACACCAUACACGUGCGGACCGGGUUUAGGCAGAACAAGCGUAGUACAAGGAAGAAUUUGGGCAUCAACCUUGUCCACUGGACUCGCCUUAAGGCCCCUACUCGACGCUUCGGGAUCUUCACCAGCAACGCGGCUGAGCAGGUCAACAGCUCCAUCGUGCCCAUUCGGCGCUUGCCGGUGACCCUGAUGCUAGGGGUUCUCAUGGACUCGUAUCGCAAUAGGUAUUGUGAACGUAAGAUGGCGGCGCUCGAGCGAACUGAUCUCCUGACAGGGGCAGCCGAGGAGCGGAUGGUGGAGAAGGAGACACGCCCGGAGGGGUACGAGCUGUUGGGCAGGGACCAUGAAGAAGGAACCAUCCAGACCAGGGACACCGAUGAUCCCAAAGAAUGGAGGUCCUUCAACGUCAACUUGGCGGCGAAGACACGCGACUACACAAACUGGGACCAAUACCAGUUUCCGUGCUCCCAUGCUGUGGCCUUUGCUGUGAAGCGGAAGCUAGACCCCCGCACUCUCGUCUCUGAUUUCUAA